GAACGGAGUCGGGACUGCCCAGGUGGAGCGGGCGCCCCUGCCAACGCGGACCGGCAGGCGCACGGGCAUCGCGGCGAGGACCGCACCGCACGGAUCCGCGCGGGGCAGAGCCGAGCCGCAGCCCCACGCGCCGCCCAGGACACGCUCGUCACCACCACCUCCGCAGCACCCAUGGGGACCAGGAGACUUUAAAGGAGUUUGGGGUUUCGGGAGCAGGGAAAUCACGGAUCCCCGCUUCUGGCCCCGGCCUCGCCGCGUCAUUGAUGGGCAACCAACUGGACCGCAUCACCCACCUUAGCUACAGCGAGUUGCCCACCGGGGACCCGUCGGGGAUCGAGAAGGACGAGCUGCGGGUCGGGGUCGCCUACUUCUUCUCGGAUGAGGAGGAGGACCUGGACGAACGAGGCCAGCCCGACAAGUUUGGCGUGAAGGCCUCCCCGGGCCGCGCUCCCUGCCCGGAGAGCCCUAGCCGUCGCCGCCACCACCACCUGCUGCACCAGCUGGUCCUCAACGAAACUCAGUUCUCCGCCUUUCGGGGCCAGGAAUGCAUCUUUUCCAAAAUGAGCGGCGGCCCUCAGGGCGCCGACCUGAGCGUCUACGCGGUCACGGCGCUGCCCGCGCUCUGCGAGCCCGGCGACCUGCUGGAGCUGCUGUGCCUGCAGCCCGCGCCAGAGCCGCCCGCGCCCGCCCCGCACUGGGCCGUCUACGUGGGCGGCGGGCAGAUCAUCCACCUGCACCAAGGCGAGAUCCGCCAGGACAGCCUGUACGAGGCGGGCGCGGCCAACGUGGGCCGGGUGGUGAAUAGCUGGUACCGCUACCGCCCGCUGGUGGCCGAGCUGGUGGUGCAGAACGCCUGCGGCCACCUGGGCCUCAAGAGCGAGGAGAUCUGCUGGACGAACUCGGAGAGCUUCGCCGCUUGGUGCCGCUUCGGCAAGCGGGAGUUCAAGGCGGGAGGGGAGGUGCCGGCCGGCACGCAGACCCCGCAGCAGCAGUACUAUCUCAAGGUGCACCUGGGUGAGAACAAGGUGCACACGGCCAGGUUUCACAGCCUGGAAGACCUCAUCCGCGAGAAGCGCCGCAUCGACGCCAGCGGCCGCCUGCGUGUGCUCCAGGAGCUCGCCGACCUUGUGGACGACAAGGAGUAGCCUGGGGGUCGCCGCCCGCCCCUCCAGGCUCCCCGCGCCCCGCUCCCUCCCCCGCACGCGGGCUCCCAGGCCGGCGAUUCAGCACCCCCCGACCCCCUUGAGUGGCCACCCGCAGCGGCCAGCGCCCGGGCUGCAGCCUCGCAUCAUUCUGGCAAGUGGCAGGUAGUCCCAGGAACUGGCCCCGGGCCUGAAGGGGCCGCGCCCGCCCGGCUGAGACCCCCAGUGGUGAUGAUGGUGUUGGGAGGCCCAGCGUGCGCUCGCCCCUUGAGUUGUAAGUGGGGAGAGGAGAACGGGCCGAGGGAAGCAGGGACAAGGCCUCCCCCCAAGAGUCACUGGUCUAGUGACUAGCACCCGACCUACUAGAAAGGGACCAUCGCCGCCCCAAACGUGCACACACAGACCGGUGGGAGGUGAGAAUUGAUCCUUUCAGGGCACAGCUCAGCUCUAGUAUGGAUGUGUCCCCAGACUGCAGGAUUUCCAAGAAAUCGAGCCUGUCCCUCAUGCACUUGUGAAUAAUUCCACGAGGGAGCAAGCACUUCGGGACUCCGGGUUAUCCCGAGGCUGCCCGGGACUUUUUCAGCUCUCCAGUCCCUGAUCUGCUGACAUUGUAUCCCAGGCUCCGGGCUAAGCAAGACAGUGUUUGUUUUGCUUCCCGUUCUUUCCACCUAGGGAAGCGAACGCCACUCCCCACCGGCAUUUGCCUGUGAGUCCCCCUUGCUGGCAGAAGCGAUGCCUUCCCGGUCCCCGAAGGAUAAUGGCGCAGCGAAUUUGAUGAGGAGAGCCGCCGGCCCCGCCCCCCUGGCCAGGAGAAGGCUCACCCGGUGUCCGCGAACUUGAAUCUGUGAAAAGGGCGCUUGCUCUCAACCCUAGAUGGCUCCCUCCUUGGGCUGCGUUUCAAAAAUAACCACAGUUUUAAAGGGGUUGGAGGAGACGGAGGGGAAAGACAUGGCAACAUUCCAGAAACCAGCAUUAUUACAGCACCAUAGCCAGUGUAUUUAGUUUGGCUUUUCCUAACACAGAAAUCUCAGAAGGUGGGGAAGUGGAAAUAAAGUCUUAAAAUCGAGAAAGCAAUUGUCCAAAUAUGUCAACAAAGCCUAUCGUGUUGAUGUUUUUUUAUUGACCAUUUUAGCAACAUGCUAAUAAAAUUUCAAAUUGAAA